GAGAGAGAGAGAGAUGGAACUCAGGGAAAGAGAAGAAAUUAGAUUGCUUAUAGAUGAUGGGAGGAUGGGUUCCUCUUGUUCUCCUCCUUCUAUUAUUCCUUCUUCUUUUUCUUCCAUACGUCUGUGUAGAAUCUGUCAUGAAGAGGAGGAAGAGAGCUCCACAAGCAUGGAAUCUCCCUGUGCUUGUUCUGGGACUUUGAAGUUUGCUCACAGGGAAUGCAUACAGAGGUGGUGUGAUGAGAAAGGGUCCACUAUUUGUGAGAUUUGUCUUCAGGCAUUUGAACCAGGUUAUACUGUUCCACCCAAGAAGGCUUUGGUUGAGGUCCCCGUUACAAUCAGAGGAAGCUUGGAGGUCCCUAGGCUAAAUUAUGACCCUCAAAACCCAGCAUUAAUCAACAGGGAUUAUGCUGAGUGCUCCUCAGAAUCCCAAAGAAGCGCCUCUUGGUGCCGAUCUGUGGCUCUAGUGCUUACAAUCAUGUUAUUGUUCAAACAUCUCAUCACGGUGCUGGCAGUUGGAGCUGAUCACUAUGCGUUUACUGUUCUCACUGUUUUUGUGCUAAGGGCGAGUGGAAUCUUGCUGCCCUGCUAUUUGAUUAUGCGGGUGAUAUCGGUGAUUCAGCGUGGCCAGCGGCAGUAUCAGUUAGAGCAGCUCCAGCUUCAUCAGGGGAGAAAUGAUUCACCUACCCAUGGAGUGGAAGAUGUGGAAUCGCAAUAACAUACAGUUCAUGUACAUUCAUAAACCUAAAUGUUCAUAAUUGUAAAGAAGAACAAAUUCCGAAGUUUAAAAAAAAAAAAGUUCUUUUGCAGUUUCUUAAUGUAUUUGAUCAAAGAAAUUUGGUGGGUUGCCAGUUGCCACCAUUGGACUUUAAAAAAAAAAAAAAAAGGGUUCUUUG